UGGCAGCUAGCUGCGUGUCAGGUGUUGUAAUGGCUGGGUUCCUUGUGGUAAGAGAAGGGUGUGAUGUGUGGAUCUUUUGUGUAAUAGUUUAAACAUCCAAGUUGUAUCGGUUCAAGUUCAUUCAGAUGUCCCAAAAUGACUGAUGCCAAGUGUGAAUUUGUUGAUGUGGAGCAGUGGGAAGUGCGAUUGGAGUCCAUUCUACGCGGCAACAACAAAAAGCUCGUUGAGCAAAUUGAGUUGGUCCUCGCCAGCUACGUUGGCCAAAACAAUCUCACAACCUUGAUGCACAAGACAAUUGAAUCAGAGGAGGCAAUUGGUAUGGACGAUUCUAUUCCAAAUGAAUUUUGCUCUUGGAAACUGGAGCAAAAAGUCAGUCCAGGGGGCUCAGCAAUGACUAGUUCUGAACAUGAGGAGGGCAGGACAAUUGAUUCCAAUGAGAGUCCUGGGAACGAUGAGGUGGUGCACAAAGCAAAUAGGCUUUCAAUUGCAUCUCUCAGUUCUGGUGACGAGAGAUCUUUUCGCGAGAAUUUGGUGAAGUCGCAGAAGAAAGCAAAUAGGAAGGCUUAUGGCAGAGCCAGCGCAGUUCCUUACCGAAAUUCGAUGGUGGAUCACGUGAAACGCAUUGUAUCUUCCUGGAUAUUCGAGGCCUUCUUCGCAACAGCCAUUUUGUCAAACUCACUUCUGAUUGGUGUACAGGUGCACUACGCAGCCCAAAGUAUUGGCAAACCAUUGCCACCAGUCUUUUUCAUUGCUGAACAGGUUUAUGCUCUACUAUUCUUGGUAGAGCUUGUGAUGCGGAUUUUGGCUGAAGGAAUGCCAUCAUUCUUUUGGUCUUCGCCAAACGUGGUCUGGAACUACUUGGACGUUCUAAUCAUAUUGACCUCUGUGCUAAACUUGGUUUCAGAGGUUGCGAGCAUGAACACAGACGCUGAUGCACUGAUGUCUGGAAAUGUUCGAAUCAUUCGAAUUCUACGAGUCACACGGGUGAUCCGUGUGGUGCGAGUUGUGAAGAUCGUGAGAUUUAUCCGAGCUUUGAGAUCGCUGGUUCAUUCAAUCUUUGGGACCAUGAAGGUUCUGAUGUGGUCUGUGAUGCUCUUGUUGAUGAUAAUCUAUGUGUUUGCGAUUGUUUUCACCGAUGUGUCCACGGAAUACAUCAGCAAUUUCGAGAUAAGCCAAACAGACACGGCGUUCUUGCAGAAGCGGUUUCAGGAUUUGGAGCGUUCAAUGCAAACUCUUUUCCAGAGCAUUAGCAAUGGUGUGACCUGGGGCGAUGUUGCAGACAAGCUACACAACCUCAAUUGGGUUUGGGGAUAUUUGUAUGUCAUUUACGUGGCAUUCUGCGCGUUUUGCGUUUUGAACGUGAUGACUGGUGUGUUUUGCCAAUCUGCCAUUGAAAGCGCAGAACGCGAUCAAGAGUUGCAUGUUCAGUCCAUCGUGACGUCGAAGCAGCAACAGAUUGACAUGUUCAUGUCAGUUUUCGAGUCUCUUCAAAAAGAUCGAGGAGAAGUGGCCAGUGGAAACGUGACCUAUUUGGAAUUUGAAGAGCUUUUCAAUGAGCCGCACAUCAAAUCAUUUUUUCAAUCUUUGGAUGUAGAGACCCACGAUGCAUGGACACUUUUCAAGUUGAUGGAUACUUCGGGCAAUGGUGAUUUAGAUGCGACUGAGUUUGUCGAAGGUUGCAUGCGAUUGAAGGGCCCUGCGAGAUCAAUUGAUGUUUCCCUGCUCAUGCAAGAGAACAAACGUGUGCGGAAGAAACUGAUUUCAUUGGAGCAGCUUCUCCAAGAAGUUCAUGUUUUUUUUCGUCCAAAAGAUCAACAUGAUCCAAAUUUGACAAGCGUUUCAAGAUUACAGUCUGACAAGACUGACAAGAGCCAAGCUUCGAGUGUCUCGUAGACUCUUCGCCUCCGCAACGGGACGUCGCUUUCACCAAGUGCACGGCCAAGCCGCCACUUGCCCUUCGUAGAAAACUCGGAAAAGA